CUUGUCUCAGAUACACUUACUUUAGAUGUGUUCAAAGUUAGAAAUUAGUUGAGCAUCCCUAUUUUUUGCAUAUGCAAAUUUGCUGAAUGUCAAGAAUGAGGGAGAUAAGAAAAAAAUUCCUGGUUGGUGAAGUAUAUUACAACAGAAAUCGUUGCACAACUGUUAAAAAAAUGCAAAUGAAAAUAGGAAAAUUGUCGCACUGUCGUUCAAAAUGGCUCCCCCGGUACCGAAGGCUAGAGAUAAGUUUUGGCAGCUGACCUUAUCCUUGUCACCUGGACUGAGGUGUUGCCAGCUCAUCGGAC